AUGGAAUAUUCGCAGGAGCAGCUUAAUUACUUCAGGCUCUGCUACGUCGCAUUUAAUCUGGUCCCAGUAGGAUUGCGGCAAAUUUUCAAAAACGAAUGGGAUUUUCGUUACAAGACAACUCUACUUGGAGAAUGGAAAGACACGCCACAGAAUGGUCGUGAUUUCUAUAACAACGAAUCUAAAGCAAGUCACAAGAAGAAUGGCCGUUGCCUAGCCACAAUCCAGAAUGGUGACACGGCAGAGUGGGACUGCACCUGUUUGUUUUUUGCUAUCCUGUACUCAGACAGCAUUGGUACCACCUUAAGUCCAGCUGUCUAUAAUGAUGUCGAUGAUAUUCGUCAGGUGCGAAACGAGAUCGCUCAUAUCACUAAGGCUAACGUGGUAGAAGCCGACUACCAAAGUUCUGUAGAUAGGGUGUUGAACGCUUUUACAUCCCUCGGUCUUGUUAUAACCGAGAUCCAGGAGAUCAAGAAGCAGACGACCUUUCCAACGGAGGAACUGGAGAAGAUUAAGAAGCAAGCUCGUGAUCUCCAAGCUGAGUUAGAUCAGACAAAAUCUAACUUACAGCUAAAGGAAAGCAGACUUCAGAGUACAGAAGCUGAUCUGAGUUCCGCAAAAGAAGAAAACAAGGCUCUCACCCAAGAAAUAAGUUCGAAACUUCAGCCGUUUCGCAUUCUUACAUCGCGCCCACCACACGAUAUCAUCAGGCGUUCGCAUGACAUGGCAAGAAUCACAAACAAAAUGGAGGAACUUUACAGCGGUGCCAACGGAGCAGUUAGUACAGUGUAUUUGUCAGGAAAUCCAGGAUGUGGUAAGAGUCAACUUGCCAGGGAGAUCGGACAACAGUUCUUUUCUGAACGAAGGGACGACGAUGAAGAUCUAAUCUUUGUGGCGACAUUAAACACAGAAAGCGUCGAGACACUUGCGAAUUCUUACAUCACCCUUGGAAGACAACUAGGAAUCACAGAAUACGCCUUAACAAGCUUAGAGUCUUUGAAAAGAGAGAAGCCCAUUGAAGCAAUUCAACAACUUAAGUGCUUAAUUUUCCCAAAGGCUUACAAUUUUACAAAAUGGUUGUUAAUAGCAGACAAUGUGAUUGACUUACGCUUAGUUCGCGGCUUACUGCCUGAAAGUGGCAGUAAGGAAUGGGGCCAUGGUCAAGUAUUGAUUACCACUCAAGACAGCGCUACAAUUCCACAAAACGCUCCUCACACUUAUCACGAAUCGUUAAGUAAAGGGAUGAGGAGGGACGAGGCAAUUGAAUUGCUGGAAACAGUAUCGCAAAUACCAGAGCAAGAGCAAGCUGAGAACGUCGCUGAACUUCUUGAUUUUCAGCCACUGGCCUUGGCUGCUGCUGCCUAUUACAUGCAAACUGUUGUGAACAGUGGGUCUUCAAAUUAUAAUUGGGGAGCAUACCUCCAAGACAUAUCAACAUACGGCCAACGAAAUAUGACUGAAACUGUCCUUGCAAAUGAGAGUUCAGCCUAUGCUAAAACAACAAUGGCCGCUGUAGAAAUGGCUGUCCAGAGAGCUGUUGACGCUGACGAGGUCCUUUGGCAGACAUACUCUUUUCUCUCGCUCUGCGCUCACGACGAUCUCCCACUCGAAACUGUUUCGAAGUUCGUCAGAGUCCAGGUAAAGGACCAGCCAGAGGCGUUAAUAAAGGCAAAGAUUGUAAGGUCUUCUCUACUUCUUGUUCAUUCCGAGAAAGAGAAUAAGCAAUGUACGUACCUGCGCUUGCAUAAAAUUGUUUAUGAAGCUUUGAAACGAGGCGAAAUGUUUAACCUAAAAUCAUGGGACAGGGACCACAAUAUGGCAGAAGCCGUAAAGAUUUUCAAGUCCCAACUGGAAGAAAAUGAAGAGAACUAUGCAUUUCGUCAAAAACUGAGGCCCCACUGCGAAUCUUUAAUUAAUCACAUGACCUCAGGGUGUAGUUCGGAUCAACGCACUUUUAUCGAAAGGUUCACGCCCUUCGUAGAAUUGGAUAUAGUAACUGAUUGGCUGGGUACUCUCGCAAGUGUCUGUGAACAAAAUUCUUACUUUUUCUUUGCAAAAACUGUGGUCGAUUUAGCAUGCAACCUACUGGAGAACAUAAAAGAAACUAUUUCAGGUGCGUCCAUUAAGGCGAGGAUUUUCGCCAUAGGUGGUACAGUGUACGAACGCCUGGGAGAAUACAAUCAAGCCAAACAACUUCAAGAAAAAGCACUGAUGAUUCGCAGAAAGAUUUUCGGUGAAGAUCACGCCGAUACGGCAACAAGUUAUAACAACUUGGCAUCAGUCAAAAACAGCCUGGGAGAAUACAAUCAAGCCAAAGAACUUUGCCAAAAAGCACUGACGAUUCAAAAAUCGAUUUUUGGUGAAGAUCACGCCGAUGUAGCAACAAGUUACAGCAACUUGGCAACAGUGUACAGCAGACUAGGAGAAUAUAAUCUAGCCAAAGAACUUCAUGAAAAAGCACUGAUGAUUUUCAAAAAGAUUUUCGGUGAAGAUAAUGCCGAUGUAGCUUCAAGUUAUGACAGCUUGGCAUUGGUGUAUAACAGCCUGGGAGAAUAUAAUCAAGCCAAAGAACUUCACGAAAAAGGACUGAUGAUUCUCAAAAAGGUUUUCGGUGAAGAUCACGCCACUGUCGUAACAAGUUAUACAGGCUUGGCACUUGUGCACGAGAGACUGGGAGAACACAAUCAAGCCAAAGAACUUAACGAAAAAGCACUGAUAAUUUCCACAAAGAUUUUCGGUGAAGUUCAUUCCGCUGUAGCAACAAGUUAUGACAACUUGGCAUUAGUGCACAACAAACUGGGAGAAUACAAUCGAGCCAAAGAACUUCACAAAAAAGCACUGAUGAUUCGCAGAAAGAUUUUCGGUGAGGAUCAUGCCAGUGUUGCAACGAGUUAUAACAACUUGGCAACAAUGUAUCAAAGCCUGGGAGAAUACAAUCAAGCCAAAGAACUUCACGAAAAAGCACUGAUGAUUUACUCAAAGAAUUUCGGAGAUAAUCAUGCCUCCGUAGCAAAAAGUUAUGACAACCUGGCAACAGUGUACGACAGCCUGGGAGAAUACAAUCAAGCCAAAGAACUUCACCAAAAAGCACUGAUGAUUUACAGAAAGAUUUUCAGCGAAGAUAAUGCCGUUGUAGCAACGACUUAUAUCAACUUGGCAACAGUGUACGACAGCCUGGGAGAAUACAAUCAAGCCAAAGAACUUUGCGAAAAAGCACUGAUGAUUUACUCAAAGAUUUUUGGUGAAGAUCAUGCCAAUGUAGCAACAAGUUACAGCAACUUGGCAAAUGUUUACAACAGGCUGGGAGAAUAUAAUCAAGCCAAAGAAUUUCAUGAAAAAGCACUGACGAUUCGAAGAAAGAUUUUCGGUGAAGUUCAUGCCGAUAUGGCAACAAGUUAUAACAACUUGGCAUCAGUGCACGACAGCCUGGGAGAAUACAAUCAAGCCAAAGAACUUUUCGAAAAAGCACUGAUGAUUCGCAAAUCGAUUUUUGGUGAAGAUCAUGUCGAUAUGGCAGCAAGUUAUAACAACUUGGCAUCAGUGCACGACAGCCUGGGAGAAUACAAUCAAGCCAAAGAACUUUACAAAAAAGCACUGCUGAUUUACUCAAAGAUUUUUGGUGAAGAUCAUGCCGAUAUGGCAACAAGUUAUAACAACUUGGCAUCAGUGCACGACAGCCUGGGAGAAUACCAUCAAGCCAAAGAACUUUACAAAAAAGCACUGAUGAUUCGCCGAAAGAUUUUCGGUGAAGAUCAUCCCAGUGUUGCAACGAGUUAUAACAACUUGGCAACAGUGUACAACAGGCUAGGAGAAUACAAUCAAGCCAAAGAACUUCACAAAAAAGCACUGACGAUUUACUCAAAGAAUUUCGGAGAUAAUCAUGCCUCCGUAGCAACAAGUUAUGACAACCUGGCAACAGUGUACGACAGCCUGGGAGAAUACAAUCAAGCCAAACAACUUCACGAAAAAGCACUGAUGAUUCGCAGAAAGAUUUUCGGUGAAGAUCAUGCCAAUACAGCAACAAGUUAUAACAACUUGGCCUCAGUCUACGACAACCUGGGAGAAUACAAUCAAGCCAAAGAACUUUGCGAAAAAGCAUUGAUGAUUCAAAAAUCGAUUUUUGGUGAAGAUCACGCCGAUGUAGCCACAAGUUACAGCAACUUGGCAACAGUGUACAACAGGCUAGGAGAAUAUAAUCUAGCCAAAGAACUUCAUGAAAAAGCACUGAUGAUUUUCAAAAAGAUUUUCGGUGAAGAUAAUGCCUAUGUAGCUUCAAGUUAUAACAGCUUGGCAUUGGUGUAUAACAGGCUGGGAGAAUAUAAUCAAGCCAAAGAACUUCACCAAAAAGCACUGGUGAUUUACAGAAAGACUUUCAGCGAAGAUCAUGCCGUUUUAGCAACGACUUACAACAACUUGGCAACAGUGUACAAAAGCCUGGGAGAAUACAAUCAAGCCAAAGAACUUCACGAAAAAGCACUGAUGAUUUACAGAAAGAUUUUCAGCGAAGAUCAUGCUGUUGUAGCAACGACUUAUAACAACUUAGCAACAGUGUACGACAGCCUGGGAGAAUACGAUCAAGCCAAACAACUUCAUGAAAAAGCACUGAUGAUUCGCAGAAAGAUUUUCGGUGAAGAUCAUGCCAAUACAGCAACAAGUUAUAACAACUUGGCAUCAGUCCACAACAACCUGGGAGAAUACAAUCAAGCCAAAGAACUUUGCGAAAAAACACUGAUGAUUCGCAAAUCGAUUUUUGGUGAAGAUCAUGCCGAUGUAGCAACAAGUUACAGCAACUUGGCAACAGUGUACAACAGGCUAAGAGAAUAUAAUAAAGCCAAAGAACUUUAUGAAAAAGCACUGACGAUUCGCAGAAAGAUUUUCGGUGAAGAUCAUGCCGAUACAGGAACAAGUUAUGAAAACUUGGCAUCAGUGCACGCCAGCCUGAGAGAAUACAAUCAAGCCAAAGAACUUUACGAAAGGGCACUGAUGAUUCGCAGAAAGAUUUUCGGUGAAGAUCAUGCCGAUACAGCAACAAGUUAUGAAAACUUGGCAUCAGUGCACGCCAGCCAGGGAGAAUACAAUCAAGCCAAAGAACUUUACGAAAGGGCACUGAUGAUUUACUCAAAGAUUUUAAGUGAAGAUGAUACCGUUCUAGCAACGACUAAUGACAACUUGGCAACAGUGUAGAAAAGCCUGGGAGAAUACAAUCAAGCCAAAGAACUUCACGAAAAAGCACUGAUGAUUUGCACAAAGAUUUUCGGAGAUGAUCAUGCCUAUGUAGGAACAAGUUAUAACAACCUGGCAAAAGUGUACGAAAGCUUGGGAGAAUACAAUCAAGCCAAACAACUUCAUGAAAAAGUACUGAUGAUUCGCAGAAAGAUUUUCGGUGAAGAUCAUGCCGAUACAGCAACAAGUUAUAACAACUUGGCAUCAGUCCACGACAGCCUGGGAGAAUACAAUCAAGCCAAAGAACUUCACCAAAAAGCACUGGUGAUUUACAGAAAGAUUUUCAGCGAAGAUAAUGCCGUUGUAGCAACGACUUAUAACAACUUGGCAACAGUGUACGACAGUCUGGGAGAAUACAAUCAAGCCAAAGAACUUUACGAAAGGGUACUGAUGAUUUACGCAAAGAUUUUUAGUGAAGAUCAUACCGUUGUAGCAACGAUUUAUAACAACUUGGCAACAGUGUAGAAAAGCCUGGGAGAAUACAAUCAAGCCAAAGAACUUUGCGAAAAAGCACUGAUGAUUCGCAAAUCGAUUUUUGGUGAAGAUCAUGCUGAUGUGGCAACAAGUUACAGCAACUUGGCAACAAGGUACAGCAGACUAGGAAAAUAUAAUCAAGCCAAAGAACUUAAUGAAAAAGCUCUGAUGAUUUUAAAAAAGAUUUUCGUUGAAGAUCAUGCCCAUGUAGCUACGAGUUGUAACAACCUGGCAACCCAAAGUGCCUUGCGCAGGCGAACGAGAAAAGCGCGACAAAAAAUAAGUGUUUUGUUUGUUGA